CAGAUGGGAACCUUGCUCAAAACUUUUCAGGCUGCAUUUUCGCAUCGUUUUUCCACCACUUCCCAAUUCAGUCUUUCUGUUCACGCAGUGCUCACCAACACAACGCUGUAACCUAAACAAAUAUCUCCAGGGGCAACCGCUACAGUCUCCACUGCCCCUUUUCUAAGCUCCAUACCAACAGAAGACCCCACCAUCAACAUCCACGCCGGGAGGCAGGGUCCUCCACCAAACCUAGACGAGAUUUACCACGAAGAACAACAACCUGGGCACAAAACAAAAACCACUCAUCACCUGCCCCUUCACCACUCGUACUACCACCACCACAACAAUGACCAGCCUCCCCGUCUUAACCACCACCCCAACCCGGCACCCAACCUCUUGCGCCUCCCUCUCUCUCCCCCUCCUCUCCUUAUUGAACCGCGUUCUCCCUUCUAACCCACCAAGCCCGACAAACCCACCAACCCUCACCCUCUCCAUCGGCUCCGGCCCCGGCCUCCUCGAAGCCCUUUUUCUCCACCAUUACCCCUCCCGCUCUUCAUCCUUCUACGGAGUCGAAGUGGCCCCUCCUCUUUCCCAACUAAAAGAGGGAAAAGAAGUGAAUACCUGGUUACCCGAGCAGAACGCAAUUACCGUCCCGGGAACUUGGGCGUUGGUGGGCAGGGAGUGGCUGGAGGAGACCGGGGGGCUGCUUUUUGUUUAUCCUAGGAGUGGGGUGUUGGUGGGGAGGUAUUUGGCUGAGAUGGAGGAGAUAGCAGCCGAACGGGGAAAGGGACUGGAGGUGGUAGUUUGGAUUGGACCGUGGUGUGAUGUGGAGGAGUAUAGGGCGGUGUUGGAGGGAUGGGGUGUGAGGGAGGACCUCACUGAAAAAGAAGAGGGGAGCGGGAAGUUGGUGGAGGAGGGGGAGGUAGUGUUGGUUUAUAAGAGCAGGAGGAGGGAGUGAAGGAAAGCUGCCCGGGCAUGCAUGACACGAGGAUGAUGAAUUUGGGGAUCGACAAGUAAAGAGAGCGUUAGCUGUCUCUGUCCUGGUGCCAGACAAAGAGCAUCAGCAAAUGCAACUUGAAGAAGAAGAAAAAGGGGGGAAAGAGAGAAAA